AUAGUGAGAAAGAGCCUUCCCCGGAGUCUCAGAGACGCCGAGCAGAGCAGGUUUAUAGGGCGACGCUGGCUCCCCGAAACAUCCCUUUGUCGACCACGACUUCUAGCGUUGCCCAGACUAUGCGGGUUCCUAUGACCUCCGUAAACAUUUUGCGAGCCCGCGGGGUUUCCGGAAGACGGCGGGAGGCUCACGUAUUUAACAGGUCUCCGGAACCAAGUUUUCCAUUACUAAGAGACGCUUUCCAAGGCGUGCGGCGCGCUCCUGCGAGAGCGGGUGUUCUGUUUUAAACAAAUGGAACACAAUUCUGUUUUGUUUUCAGCGCGGCUGAUGUGUUCAGUGCUAAAACCAAGGGAACGUGUGGCCCUGACUGGUCUGAGCGGUGCGGCUCUGCAAGGUGGAAGGGAGCCCACGUGGCGCCUGUAAAUGCAAAGCGGGUGAAGGCGGCUCUGGACUUGGACGAUCCGUCGGGCCCGGUGGGAGGAAUUCCAAAGAGACCGCCCGGGAAACCCAGGGCCUGGAGUUCCUGCUCCCGAGAACAUCUGCGUGCUUCCGCCGCCUUCUGGAAGCUCCGCACACCUUGGAUGGGGGAGGGGGCCGCUCCUAGCCGGGCACCCCAGGAGGCCACCGCGCCGCCUCUGCCUCCGCGCGGAACAAACGGUUAAAGAUUUUGGGCAGCGCCUCGCGGGGGGAGGAGCCAGUGGUCCAAUCCGCAAUUAAAGAUGAACUUUGGGUGAACUAAUUUCUGACCAAGGUAACGUGGGCAGUAACCUGGGCCGCCUAUAAAGCAGGCGCGCGGCGGGGUUAGAGAGCUUGUGGCGGCGGCAGGUGGCGCGGGAGGCCACCGCGCGCAAUGGGGCUCCCGUCUCUGCUGGCCAGCGCGCUCUGCACCUUUGUGUUACCACUGCUGCUCUUCCUGGCCGCGACCAAGCUAUGGGACCUGUACUGCGUAAGCAGCCGCGACCGCAGCUGCCCCCUCCCCCUGCCCCCCGGGACUAUGGGUUUCCCCUUCUUUGGGGAAACGCUGCAGAUGGUGCUGCAGCGGAGGAAGUUCCUGCAGAUGAAGCGCAGGAAAUACGGCUUCAUCUACAAGACACAUCUGUUCGGACGGCCCACAGUGCGGGUGAUGGGAGCGGACAACGUGCGGCGCAUCUUGCUCGGGGAGCAUCGCCUGGUGGCGGUCCACUGGCCGGCGUCGGUGCGCACUAUCCUGGGCUCCGGCUGCCUCUCCAACCUGCACGACUCCUCGCACAAGCAGCGCAAGAAGGUGAUCAUGCGGGCCUUCAGCCGCGAAGCUCUCCAGUGUUACGUGCCAGUGAUUGCAGAAGAAGUGAACAUCUGCUUGGAGCGAUGGCUGAGCUGCGGCGAUCGCGGCCUCCUGGUCUACCCAGAAGUGAAGCGUCUCAUGUUCCGCAUCGCCAUGCGCAUCCUACUGGGCUGUGAGCCUCGGCUGGCGGGCGGCGGGGAAGCUGAGCAGCAGCUGGUGGAGGCCUUCGAGGAGAUGACCCGCAACCUCUUCUCGCUGCCCAUCGACGUGCCCUUCAGCGGGCUGUACAGGGGCGUGAAGGCACGAAACCUCAUCCACGCGCGCAUCGAGGAGAACAUUCGCGCCAAGAUCUGCGGGCUGCGGACAGCCGAGGCGGGCAGGGGCUGCAAAGAUGCGUUGCAGCUGUUGAUCGAGCACUCGUUGGAGAGAGGAGAGCGGCUGGACAUGCAGGCUUUAAAGCAAUCUUCAACCGAACUCCUUUUUGGGGGACACGAAACCACGGCCAGUGCAGCUACAUCUCUAAUCACUUACCUGGGGCUCUACCCGCAUGUUCUCCAGAAAGUACGAGAGGAGCUGAAGAGUAAGGGUUUACUUUGCAAGAACAAUCAUGACAAGUUGAACAUGGAACUUUUGGAACAGCUUAAAUACAUUGGGUGUGUUAUUAAGGAGACCCUUCGACUGAAUCCCCCAGUUCCAGGAGGGUUUCGGGUUGCUCUUAAGACUUUUGAAUUAAGUGGAUACCAGAUUCCCAAGGGCUGGAAUGUUAUCUACAGUAUCUGUGAUACUCACGAUGUGGCAGACAUCUUUACCAACAAGGAGGAAUUUAAUCCUGACCGGUUUAUGCUGCCUCAUCCGGAGGAUGCAUCCAGGUUCAGCUUCAUUCCAUUUGGAGGAGGCCUCAGGAGCUGUGUAGGAAAAGAGUUUGCAAAAAUUCUUCUCAAAAUAUUUACAGUGGAGCUGGCCAGGCAUUGUGACUGGCGGCUUCUAAAUGGACCUCCUACAAUGAAAACCAGUCCCACCGUGUACCCUGUGGACAAUCUUCCCACAAGAUUCACCCAUUUCCAGGGAAAAAUCUGAUCGGCAUAAAUGUCCAAACCUUGGACUUUAUUUGAAAUGUACAUAGGAGUUUUUAUAUAGUGUCAUGUUGACUUUAUUAUAUUUAAGUCCUAAAUGUAUAUUAUAAUAUUUAUGUGUCUCUACUACGGUGC